AUGAGCAAGAAGAAAUGCCGCAAAGGGCGCAAGAAGCGUUCGUGUUCGACCAGCGAUGUGUAUGAGUGUGCCAUGCGAAACUUCCGCCAGCUCCUCCUGGAGCGCAUGUCACACCACGAGGAUGAGGUGUUCUCCGCACGGGCACGUUUUCAGAUGCAGCGCACGCAUGACAAGGAGCACUUUGACCGCCUCCAGCAUAAACGGAAGCACAGUGAGAGGGUGCGUGGGACGGCGGGGCGGCGCUCUGUGCGUGGCGCCGCUGCUGCUGCAGAAGAUAUAGAGGAGCCGUCCGCGGCAGAGCAGGAGUUUCUCGCGGACCAGCAAAAGCUCUAUGUGGAGCAUGAAGAAGAGUUGCAGCGGUCCUACCCACUCGCCUUCUUGGACGAUGAAAGUGCCGGGGCUGUAACCUUCACGCUCAUGCCGACGCUGCGCGGCAAAUUCGAGGCGCUGGCGCGUGAACGUACCCGACUUUACAAGGAGUGUCCGGAGAGUAUGGAGCCAAAGCGGCUGUCGUCCGUACCUAAUUUGGCUGUGCAGCCGCAGCACGGGGGUGUCACGGAGUAUGCUGCGGAUAAGUCGCAGCCGGUCCUUGUGAAGGAGGAAUAUGACGUGGGCGCGAGUGCCACAUUAGAGGUGGGCAGGGGGGCGUACAUCAUUCCGCAAACGGCCAAUAAGCAAGCUUACAAAGUUGGAGGGGCGGAAGAGAACAGGGAGGCGUCGCCGCCGCAGGAAGAAAAUUCAGAGGAUGGUAGUGAGUCUUGUGGUUCGCUGGAUGCUGAUCGCGGGGUGGUGAAGCCGCCUUGGCUUUCAACGAUCACCUCCGGCGGGGAGGUGGAGUUUGUCCGUAUGGCUUUGCUGUCCCAAGAACAGAGCCGUCAGGCAAGGUGCGAGGAAAAACAACGGUGGCUUGAAGGCCUGUUAACCCCGUCAACGCCACGCGACAUGCAGCGACGAGCAAAAGAGGAACUCCGGCGCCUUGAAAAGGAGAGAAAAAAAGAUGCAGUAAGAGCGGCGGAGCUUUGGUGUUUGUGGCGCGCUGCCAGGGAUAAAGUCAACUCCAGCAGUGGUAUGGUUAACAGCACGGGUAACAGGGAAGCUGUUGUCGCGGGCGGCAACCAAGACGAUUCUGAAGGUAUAAAACGGCAGUCAGCACGGGCAUUACCUGCUGAAGAAGUGGAAGGUGGUGAGGGUGUGGAUGACGGAGGCCAGGGCGAAUACUACACGCCUACGGGUUUUAGCUCAGAAAGGUGGCUGAAGCGUAUGCAAUUUGCUCGUAAACUUGAGGAUCAGGAUAACACUAAUAGCGGCAAGGCCGUGACAUCUGCAGGGGACCAUUCUGUUUCAACCAGUCCGAGCGCAUCUUCUUCCUUCUGUAUGUCUUGGGAGACGAUUGUUCUUGAAGAUGUAGCAACCACCAACGGUAGUGAUGACAGUAUCAGUAACCGUUUGGAGGUGAAGGCGCAAUCAUACUUGUGGCCGCAGCACAUUGAAGCCAGCAUUCCACAUGUGUUGUGUGGGGAGGCUGUGCGAGGCACAGGUUGGUGGCGUUCGUUUGUACCCGACGUCCAGGGAACCGUUACACGAGGAGGAGAGAAUGCAGAGGCAGAGGACGGUGCGUGCGACGAUGAUGAGACGUCUGGACGCCGUACGGAAGGCGAAACAAAUAUGCCGAGUGUUGUCAAGUUUCCGCGGUGGGCGCGGAAGGUGUGGUUGAAGUUAGACUCACUGGGGGACUUUGUCGCAGAGAGGGUGAGAUUUUACCAGGGUCGACUACACACAUGA